UCAUAAAACCGAUAUGUCUGACGUGCCAGAUCUUAGUAGCGACGAGGAACACUCCGAGGAGGAAGAAUGGCAGGAAAUGGAGACAAGUAACACAACUGUAACUUGCCUGUUUUGUGCAAACAUUUUUAACACUGUUGAAGAAGCGGUAGCGCACUGUGAAUCGGUACACAACUUUUCUUUGAACAUUAUGAAGCAGAAAUUCAACAUGGAUUGUUAUUCGUACAUAAAACUUGUGAAUUAUAUCAAGACACAUAAACCAAGUCCAGAGACAGUGAUUUCAGCAAAAAAGGUACUUUGGGACGACGAAAAGUAUUUAAAACCCAUAGAAGACGAUGAUUGGUUUAUGUAUGACUUCGAUUCACUCACUGAUAAGCCUAGUUCACCUAAGACGUACCACGCAAAUGUUGAAAAUGGCCUUGUGACCUUGUCGCAGGCUCACUUUAUUGAACUACAAAGAACAAUACAGACUUUGUCUGAGCAAUUGAAGGAGAGUCAGACACAUUUGCAAAUGGCUAGGGAGGAUAUCAGCAAAAUGCAAAGUUCAAUGAAAACUCUUGUGGAAGGCAGUCCAAGUAAUAAUGAUGAUCACGAUAAUUUAAUACCAAAAUGUGUGUCGAAUUUACCUUUAGAAGACGAUGAAGGGUAUUUUAAUACUUACGCACACUUCGGGAUACACUAUGACAUGUUAUCAGACAAAGUUCGUACAGAAAGUUACCGCAAUGCUAUACUUAAUAACACUGAAACAUUUCAAGAUAAAAUAAUCCUUGACCUUGGUUGCGGAACGACUAUUUUAUCUAUGUUCUCUGCAACCGCUGGUGCUAAGAAAGUUUAUGCAUUGGACCAAUCAGACAUUAUCUACCACGCUAUGGACAUUAUAAGAGAGAACAGCCUUCAUAAUGUAAUAAAACCAAUAAAAGGCAGAUUAGAAAACACAACAUUGGAAGAAAAGGUGGAUAUAAUAGUUUCAGAAUGGAUGGGCUACUUUCUGCUCUUUGAAGGAAUGUUAGACAGUGUCAUUUAUGCAAGGGACAAUUACUUGAAACCUGGAGGUUUAUUAUUACCAAACAAAUGCAAUAUUAGUCUCGUGGCUAAUGGAGAUGUUGACACCCAUAAGAAAUUGAUAGAGUUUUGGUCCGAUGUGUACGGGUUUAAAAUGAACUGCAUGAAAUCUGAAGUGGUGAGGGAAGCAAGUAUUGACAUAGUUAGCUCUAAACAUAUAUUAUCGGAACCAUAUGUGGUAAAGGAGAUAGAUAUAAAUACCUGUACAACUGAUGUGAUGGAUUUCUGUUCAUCAUUUCAGCUUCCUAUUACUAAAGAUGGUUGUUUAACCUCUUUAUGUGGUUAUUUUGAUACAUUUUUUGAUCUGCCUAAUAAUGUUUCUUUUUCUACUGGACCUCAAGCCACUCCUACACAUUGGAAACAAACUGUAUUUUUCUUUAGAGAUUGCAAAGAAGUAAAACAGGGUGACAUUAUAGAGGGAACAAUCACUUGUUCCCGACAGAAAUCUGAUGUCCGAGCAUUGGCAGUAGAAAUCAAAGUGUUUGGAAAAUGUCAUAAGUAUAUUUUAAGCUAGUUUACACUUUUUUUAUGUUUUCAAACAAUAGUGUUAAGUAAAAUGUAGGGCUAUUUUAUAGGUUGCUUCGUAAACCAUGAUUAUCAUG